AUGCAGGUUCGAUGCAGUGGUCAGCCCUCGGGUUGUAAUCGAUGCCAGGCUGUAGGAACCCAGUGCAGGUACCCUCCGCGUGAGCCACGACGGAAGAACCGAGCCGGAACUGGUGGUGACAAGACUGGCACCGACACCCAGUCCCAAAAGCCAAAGUCAGAUUCAAAGCCGUCGAAUGAGCAGGAUCAGGGUCUAAAGUUCAGCAAACGCGGAACAUCUGAAGAGGGAGACGGGUCAGCGCCAGGAGUCGACCCGCAACUUUUGGAUCAAGAGAUGAAGAGUAAUAGUUACUGGUACCAAGAGUUUGGCGGUCAUGGUCUGGCUACUCCCAUCUCACCGCACUCUGGUGAAGAGCAAGGCAGUAAUGACAGACUGGACGACUGGUUGGACACCAACGGCAUUUUGGAGUCAGAAUUUCCCUCGAUCCCGGGAAGGGUGGACGAUUUCCACCAUUUCAAUACCGACAUGCUGAACUUUGGCACUGUGGAUGGUGGGAAUGACAAUUAUUUCAAUGCCCUUAGACAAUCAGCACCUACAACUCCGGCUCUUGUGAACUUCCCGGAUCAUAUGGUCCUGUUCGAGGCCCCGGCCUCAAUUCCUGAAAGAAAUCCAUCCAACAAGAAUGCUUCCAACCACCAGGAAACGCUCAGGCAUCUAUCACCAUUGUCAUCAUGCCCAUCGAGCCACAAUCCUGCCACCCCAUCGACUGCCGAAGAUACACAGAUGGCGAAUAUGGCCGAGUUAUCCGUGACGAGCGGCUCCUGUGGUUGUCUCCAGCUCGCAGCAUGUCUCCUUGAGGAGCUGGGUACAAAAGCGGCGGCAGGUGACCGUGACCGUGUUCGGAUGGAUGUCUUGUUGGGCGACUUCCGCGAUGCACUCACACAAUGCACUGACAUUCUUGAUUGUGAGCGCUGUGUUGAGGCACGGGAAAUCAACAUGCUCUUGGCCAUGUCUGCAAAAUACACGAGCACAAUGUGCCAACGAUUGGCAGUAUGUUAUGCAGAGCUCAAGCGAGCUCGGGGCUCGGAGAAAGAUGGUGGGGGAGUGGGGGACUUGAGGUUCUCGACGUACCAGAUCGAAAGUCUCAAGGAGCAAGUCGAGGUGCUUGGCUGUCUUGUGAUGGUCCAGAUAGACGACUUUGCGCAGAUAAUCGCGAGGUUGAAGACACGCCCGGGCAUUCGGAAGGGACACUUGACGCUGCUGGCGGAGGCGAGGAACAAGGUCAACGCCUUGCAAGUCUUGUUCCGUGGAAGACAGGAUAGUUCGUUUGUGAACAGUGUAAAUAAUAUGUAUUAG